CAAUGGCUCCCAGCUGUCAUUCCCAUAAGCAGGUGGUGUAAAACAAUAGCUCAGCAGUCACAUUUUCCAAGCUGUCUAUCAUGAAGCUGUAGAACCUUCCUCAGUGAGAGAUUGUGAAGACUUUGAGAACUCCGCUAGUCUGUGUGUCUAGCCGAGACAAAAGGCCACACAAUGAAGUUCCACUACACACAUCUUCUCUUCUUUUGCUCAGCUGGUCUGAUCCUGUGCUCUGAACAUGAAACUCGUCUAGUUGAAGACUUGUUCAAGAACUACAACAAAGUAGUGCGCCCAGUGGAAGAUCAUCAUGAGGCUGUUGUGGUCACAGUUGGGCUGCAGCUUAUUCAGCUUAUUAAUGUGGAUGAAGUAAAUCAGAUUGUAACCACCAACGUGCGCCUGAAACAGCAAUGGACAGAUGUCAAUCUAAAAUGGAAUCCAGAAGAAUAUGGCGGAUUGAAAAAAAUUCGUAUCCCAUCUGAGAUAAUCUGGCGGCCUGAUAUAGUUCUUUAUAACAAUGCAGAUGGUGAGUUUGCUAUUGAUCAAUUCACCAAAGUUCUUUUAGAACAUACAGGCAAGAUCACUUGGACACCACCAGCAAUUUUUAAAAGUUAUUGCGAAAUUAUAGUCACACACUUUCCAUUUGACCAGCAGAAUUGCAGUAUGAAGUUGGGCACCUGGACGUAUGAUGGUACAGUGGUUAUCAUAAAUCCGGAGAGUGAUCGCCCGGAUAUGAGCAACUUUAUGGAGAGUGGUGAGUGGGUGAUGAAAGAUUACCGGAGCUGGAAGCACUUUGUUUACUAUGCCUGUUGCCCUGAUACUCCAUAUCUGGAUAUUACCUACCAUUUCCUCAUGCAGCGCUUGCCUCUCUAUUUCAUUGUCAACGUCAUCAUUCCCUGUCUGCUCUUCUCAUUUUUAACUGGGCUAGUGUUUUAUCUGCCCACCGAUUCAGGUGAGAAGAUGACUCUGAGCAUUUCUGUUUUGCUGUCUUUGACGGUCUUCCUUCUGGUCAUUGUGGAGCUGAUUCCCUCUACUUCCAGUGCAGUGCCUUUGAUUGGCAAAUACAUGUUAUUUACCAUGGUGUUUGUCAUAGCAUCAAUCAUCAUUACCGUCAUUGUAAUCAACACCCACCAUCGCUCCCCAAGUACCCAUGUGAUGCCACAGUGGGUGAGGAAGAUCUUUAUUGACACUAUCCCAAAUGUUAUGUUUUUUUCAACAAUGAAACGACCAUCCAGGGAUAAACAAGAGAAAAGGAUUUUUACAGAAGACAUUGAUAUUUCUGAAAUCUCUGGAAAACCAUGUCCUGCUACCGUCAACUUCCACUCCCCCCUUACCAAAAACCCAGAUGUGAAAAGUGCUAUAGAGGGAAUCAAAUACAUUGCUGAAACAAUGAAAUCAGAUCAAGAAUCCAGUAAUGCUGCAGAAGAAUGGAAGUUUGUUGCAAUGGUAAUAGAUCAUCUUCUCCUUGGUAUCUUCAUGCUGGUUUGCAUUAUUGGAACAUUGGCCGUGUUUGCUGGUCGUCUUAUUGAAUUAAAUCAACAAGGAUGAACAUUAACUCUAAAAAGUGUACUACCCCUUUCCAGGGGUAGCACAUCCUUAUUUACUUCCUUGGCUUUUAUUUAAUACAUUUCACUGUCCUACCUGUUGUGUUCAUCUCACCUCUUGGAAGGUUCCACAUCUAAGAAUCACUUCCCACGGGGAACAAAAAAGAACAUAUUAAAAUGAUGUUUUCCACACUUGGCAUUUCUGAGCCACUUUCUGAUGAUAUCUCUUAUGUCAAAAGAAAAAGAUUUGUAUCACUAACAGCAUGACAGUGCUAUGGAAAUGGCUGUAAAACCUAUUCUGUCUUAUUUUAAUAAUGUAUAAAUAGAAUGUUUAACUUUGAAACAUAUUAAGGGCCAGAUUCUGCCCCAGCUGCAGUCCAUGUCAAUAAGGUAUAACUGAUGAUAGGAUUCUUCACUUCAAGCUUUAUCAAGGCAUUAGCUCAGUAUCUAAACUUAGCUUUCAAGCUGGUUUUAAAUCUCUUAUGUGUCGUUUCUGUAUUGGCCAUGUCACCAAUGACCCUUCCAUUAGCAAGAGAGAUGUCAUUAGCAAACAUCUCUAAAAUUCCUUUCAGUGUGUUUUUUUUUCAACAACAGGUGACUCUGUGAAAAGUGUUUCUGCCCGUGGAAACUUUGCUUGGUUCAGCAAGGAGGAGGCAACUUUCUUGUAGGGGGAAAUCUAGCCUUGCCCAGUAAACAUGAUCCGCAUAAGAACUCCUGUCUGCCAAGUCCCAAUGGAGCCACCUGCAUGCAAUUUCACAGAUAGAACAACUGUGCAGGGGGAAUGUGCACCCAUUAUUCAUAAAGAGGGUUUUGUGCCUGUCUCAAAUAAAGGGAAGAUGUUGGAAACAGGCCAGGAGCUGGGUCAAUAUUGAUAGUGGUGAUUCUAAACCCCUCAUGGGGUGGCAGGAGGCAGUGCCCACUUUUGGCUGAAAUAUCAAGUGUGGAGAGGCUGCUCACAGGCACGUGUCAUGGAUUCCUUCCCUUGCCACAUGCAACACAGAGUUUCCUGCACAAAGGAUUUUCUACAUUCUGAGUACAGAAAGACAAACAAUAACAUUUCUCAUUUGGUAUUCCUUAAGUGAGCCAUGUUGGUACAAGGAUGGAUAUCCACAACUAGGUGCAGUAAGAUCUAUUUCUGAUCCCACAUCUCCUUCCCCCUGCAUGCUCACUCCCCUCUUCCAACCUCAGCUUUUUUUCUGAGGGUGUAUCUCCACUUCAAACUGGGGCUGUGAUUCCCAGCUGGAGGUGACAUACCUGCACUUGCAUUGACUGACUGAAAACACUAAAAAUACAGUGCAGCUGGAGCUGUAGGAGGGAAGUGUGCACCCACCAUAGGCACAUACUUAAAGUGGCCAUAUGCACUGCUACCACAAUGUUGUUUUUAGCACACUAUCUAGAUAAGAACUAGCAUAUAUUUCCUCAAGCUGGGAAUGACCCCCUGCACCUCUGAAUGUCAACAUACUCCAAAAUGUAAUCGGACUGAGGGAGUAACUUAUGUAUCUGUGACUUCUCCAGUUAAUUCUUGACCUGUAGAUGAUUCCCCAUAUCCAAAAUCCCAGCUGUGUUGACUGUGUUGAUUGGUUUUGACUCGACACACAGGUAACUUGGAAUUUUUUCAGUUUGUUUACUGGAUGAGAACCAUUCUUACAAGCAAGUUGUGGAUACUUCUAUUUCUGAAAUCAGCAUUUGCUUUCUAGGAAUAUACUACUGUUGGCCUAAAAUGUUGUACCGUUCCUGCUUUAAAUAUAUCAAUUGGGGUUCUCAGAAAACUAACAGAAAAGCAGUGUGAGUACAGGGGAAGAAACUCCAGUUUCUCUUUUGACCAGAUAUUCACAGCACGUGUUUUGAUGCUCCCAUACAGCUGUGUGACUGAAGUUGAAACAAUCCUUCACUAUAGCAAGAGGGAGAAGGUUAGUCCAUGGCACUGGGCUAUGGAAACCUCUCAGCUUUAGGUCAUGGUUGAAAUCUUGACCAGUUGGGUAGUGGCUUAUUUGUUACCAUUGGU